GCUGCUCCCUUGGGCCUUGUCCAUUUUCUUUUAGCCAGGUUUCCGUUAACUUAAGCAGACGGGUGAUCGUUGCAUAGCCCCAAAAUGUCGCCGGAGCCCCCGCACGUGGUGGAGGACUGCCGGGGCACGCUCCAGCUGAUGAGCGACGGCACGGUGCGGCGCAGCGCGGAGCUGCCGGCGGUGUUCCUCGUGGACGUCCCCGACGGCGACCUUGGCGUGGAGUGGAGGGACGUCACGUACAACCAGGAGCACGACCUCAACGCGCGCCUCUACCAGCCCCGCCACCUGGGCGCGGCCAACGACGCGCGCCUCCCCGUCGUGGCCUACUUCCACGGCGGCGGCUUCUGCAUCGGCUCCGGCCGCUGGCCCUGCUUCCACGCCUGGUGCCUCCGCCUCGCCUCGGAGCUCCCAGCCGUCGUGCUCUCCUUCGACUACCGCCUCGCCCCCGAGCACCGCCUUCCCGCGGCGCAGGAGGACGGCGCCACGGCCAUGUCCUGGCUCCGUUCGGCCGCCGCCUCCGACCCCUGGCUCGCCGGCGCCGCCGACUUCUCCCGCGUAUUCGUCGCCGGAGACUCCGCCGGCGGAAACAUAGCCCACCACGUCGCGGCCAGGUUCGGCAAGACGGGCCUCAGCCCGCCCGUCCGCCUCCGCGGGAGCGUGCUCCUCAUGCCAGCCAUGGCCGGCGAGACCCGCACGCGCUCCGAGCUGGAGUGCCGGCCCGACGCCUUCCUGACCAGCAAGAUGAGCGACACGUACAUCCGGCUCAUGCUUCCCGACGGCGCGACGAGGGAUCACCCCGCGAUAAAUCUCACCGGGCCGGAGGCACCGGGGCUGGAGGCCGUGGCGAUGGGCCCCAUUCUCGUCGUCGCGGCGGAGCACGACAUCUUCCGGGACCGGAACACGCAGUACGCGAAGCGGAUGAAGGAGUGGGGGAAGGAAGUGGAGCUCGUGGAGUUGGCCGGCGCGCAGCACGUCUUCUUCGUGGUGAACCCGUGGUCGGAGCGCGCCGACGAGCUGGUACGGCUUGUCAAGAAGUUUGUGGUCGAUCACAUGGACACGGAGUAGCCGAGCGGAGUGAUUCGGUUUCGUGUCUGAUUAGCCUUGCCUUACGCACUUGGUCCCACAAUGAUCUUUCUACUUGGAUCCUGGUCAGACUUUCUCUUCCGAUGUGUAUUUUUCUUUUCACUUAUGUAAAAGCUUCUUUUAAUAAACGGGCGUUUUUCAAA